AUGACUAAUCUUGAUGAACUUCAGCUUCAAAAGCCUGCAUGCAAGCAUCAUGCAGGACUACGGCUAAGCUCUUCAGGUAAUAUUGGGGAUGGUUUCGAGAGUGAAGAAGGAGGGUCUGAGCAGACUAAAGAGGUAUUCAUGAAAGCUAGAGAGGUAGGGGAGGGUAAGGGUUUUUGGAUUUUUGGAUUUUUAAAAUUUUAGGGUUUUGAAGUUAAUUUAGAGGUUAGAGAGGAUUUUUGAUUGGAAUGAGAGAUAUAGUUUAAUGUUGGAUAAUUGAAAAGUAUGGCCAUAUAUCUGAAAUGCUUUUAAAAAUGAUAAACAUACCUCAGAUCCAAACAAAGACCCUAAAUUUCCAUUUUAUAAAAUUUCCACAAUACAACGCUUUUAUCAUCAAAUAAUCUUCUAACAAACUCUAUUCUUCAUCAAAAAGCCCAUAAUUCCACAACUUCACCCCAUUAUCUCUCUAAAGCCCCAAAACCCCACCCAACCUGCCCCAAUCUCCCCUCCCCCACACCCUCCAAACCCUAAUCCAGCCCCUCUCCAUCCCCAAGCAGCCCCCUACCCCAAGCCACUUCCUUCCUCCACCCCCCCUCACUCUUCUCCCGCUCAUCCAAAAUCAGCCUAGUCCCGACCAAAAGUUACUCCUAGAAGAACGCAGAGCACAUCAAAGACUAAAAGAAGCUUACAAGCUUUUACAGGCUGAUUAUGACAACUUAGUUUAUCAGCUGAGGUAUGAGCAUUCUGUCCAAAGGCUGAAACCUGGAGGUACACAUAAUUGUAGAUGCCAGAGAUUUGUCAAGAAUGAUUCUAGAUCCAUGAGGAAUAAUGACCUCAGAGAUUAUGUCAUGGUACCCAAGUCAGAAGAAAAUAAGAGAUACGAUCAAGAUUGACUCAAUCGAUACGAUAAAAAUAUUGAAUCAGAGAUCUCUUCAGAAGCAUUCAUUCCUCGUAGUUAUACCCAAAGCGGGAGUGGAAGUGAUAACCUAAGCCAAGCAUUCUCAAGCUCAGAAUACUCUGACAAUUUUGACCAUGUUCUCCCUCCUGGCCAAAAUGGAAGCUAUGAAGCAACUAGUGCUGACUCUCGAAGUUCAAGCAUCAGAGGUUCCUCUUUUCAAGGAAAUUCUGAUGGAUCCAACUCUAAUUCCUCAUCAGCUAAGCCUAUGAGGAAUUCAGAUCAAGACUUAACUCACAACUUUCAGAGAGAAGCCAUGCAUGUUGUAAAUGAAGAGUCUAAAAGUGAGAACAAUGAGAUAGACUCCGAACGAGAUGACCUCGAAUCAGACCAAGAUGAGGACCAAAGCAUCUUCGGGCACCUAUCUCCUGCUCCUUCCCAACCAACACCAGAGACCUCUUCUCGUGCUUCCUUCCGCACAGGCCUGAAUUACAACCCCUAUUAAGCCCUCAA